AGGACACGGGCUGGCGGCUCCUCUGGGAGCUUUUUUGGGGCAGAAAAGCUCUGUUUGACGCCGCACGUUUGUCGUUACCCGCAGGAAUCGUUAACGAGUUCAAAAAAGAUCAACUUCUUCCCGGCAUCUUUAGUUUUAGGGGUUUAUUUUCUGAAAUCGCUCCAAAAAGGGGCUUGACCGCGUCCCAAAAAUGUGUGGGCAACCGUUUACUCCCUGAUUUUACACUAAUUAGUGGGGUUUUUUAGCAAAAAUCCUUUUUUUUUGGUGUGAUUUGAUGGGGUUUAAUCCGCCAGGCCGAGCCGGGGAGAUGAUCUGCACAGCGGUGGUGAUGGCAGGGAGCCUGGCGCUGACGACGGCGGUGGUGGCUCACGCCUACUACCUAAAGCACCAGUUCUACCCCACCGUGGUGUAUCUCACCAAAUCCAGCCCCAGCAUGGCAGUUCUCUACAUCCAGGCCUUCGUGUUGGUUUUUCUCCUGGGGAAAUUUAUGGGCAAAGUUUUUUUCGGGCAGCUGCGGGCAGCGGAGAUGGAGCACUUACUGGAGCGGUCGUGGUACGCCGUGACGGAGACUUGCCUGGCCUUCACCGUCUUCAGGGACGACUUCAGCCCUCGCUUCGUCGCCCUCUUCACCCUCCUCCUCUUCCUCAAAUGCUUCCACUGGUUGGCUGAAGACCGGGUGGACUUUAUGGAAAGGAGCCCCAACAUCUCCUGGCUCUUCCACUUCCGUAUCGUCUCCUUGAUGUUGCUGGGAAUCCUGGAUUUCCUCUUCGUUAACCACGCCUACCACAGCAUCCUCACGCGAGGAGCCUCCGUCCAGCUCGUCUUCGGCUUCGAGUACGCCAUCCUGAUGACCAUGGUCCUCACCAUCUUCAUCAAGUACGUGCUCCACUCCAUCGACCUGCAGAACGAGAACCCCUGGGACAGCAAAGCCGUCUACAUGCUCUACACGGAGCUCUUCACCGGCUUCAUCAAAGUCCUGCUCUACAUGGCCUUCAUGACCAUCAUGAUCAAGGUCCACACCUUCCCGCUCUUUGCCAUCCGCCCCAUGUACCUGGCCAUGAGGCAGUUCAAGAAGGCGGUGACGGAUGCCAUCAUGUCCCGCCGGGCCAUCCGCAACAUGAACACGCUCUACCCUGACGCCACGCCGGAGGAGCUUCAGGCCAUGGACAACGUCUGCAUCAUCUGCCGCGAGGAGAUGGUGCGGGGCGCCAAGCGUUUGCCUUGUAACCACAUUUUCCACACCAGCUGCCUGCGGUCCUGGUUCCAGCGCCAACAGACGUGUCCCACCUGCCGUAUGGAUGUUCUCCGGGCGUCGCUCCCCGCACAACCGCCUCCGGAACCGCCGGAGCAAGCGCCGCCGCCGCCCCGCCCCCCCCAAAUUCCUCAACCCCCCAACUUUCCCCAGGGAAUCCUGCCGCCCUUCCCGCCGGGAAUGUUUCCCUUCUGGCCACCGGUCGGUCCCUUCCCACCAGUUCCCGGCGUCCAACCACCCACCGGCACCGAAAACGCCGCCUCCAGCUCCGGCGCCGCUUCGGGUGAGGCUCUUGGUGUCACCGCAGCCGCCAGACCCGGUGACGCCGCCGGUGCCGGUUCAGAAAACGCAGCGACGGGGACGGUACCGGGUCUCCCUUUGCCACCGCCGUGGAUGGGAAUGCCGUGGCCGCCGUUUUUUGGUUUCCCGCCGAUGCCGGUGCCGCCGGCCGGUUUCGCCGGGUUGACGGAGGAAGAGCUACGAGCCAUGGAAGGCCACGAUCGGCAAAACUUGGAAGCGCGGUUGCAGUGUCUGCAGAACAUCCACACCCUCCUGGACGCCGCCAUGGUGCAAAUCAACCAAUAUCUGACCGUCCUGGCCACCAUCGGGUCGCCACGGCCCACUGCGCACCGGCCCCCCGGCACCCCGCGAGGAGCCUGGUGGCCCCUCGGCAACCGCGACCACCGCCGACCCCACCGCUGAGGACGAGGAGGAAGACGACGGCGCCGAAGGCUCGGCCUCGCUGGACGAACCUGACACGGCGGAGUUGCGCCGACGCCGGCUACGGAAACUGGCGGCGCCACCCGCCGGCACCCGCACUGACACGGGGCGCUACCGCCGCG